UUUGAUGAUGUGUGGUGUGGAUUGUUAAAAUGUCAGGACUGGGUAUGUUCAGGAGCAAGUGAAUAUUGGUUCUGGUCCACCUGGCUCCAAGGUCAGGUGGUUUCGUUCUGUGAGCAAUGAGCCAAGGUUCAUUAACACAGUCACCUUCGACUGCAAAGAGGGUUCACCAACUCUUGUUAUGAUUCAUGGAUAUGCUGCUUCUCAAGGUUUCUUCUUCAGGAAUUUUGAUGCUCUAGCCAGUCGUUUCAGGGUUAUUGCUAUUGAUCAGCUCGGUUGGGGAGGAUCAAGCAGGCCUGACUUUACAUGUAAAAGUACUGAAGAAACUGAGGCAUGGUUUAUAGAUUCAUUUGAGGAAUGGCGUAAAGCAAAAAAUCUAAGUAAUUUUAUACUACUUGGGCAUUCUCUUGGAGGAUAUGUUGCAGCUAAAUAUGCUCUGAAGCAUCCUGAGCACGUUCAACACUUGAUUUUGGUGGGACCGGCUGGAUUUUCACCAGAAUCUGAUCCUAUAUCUGAGAAGUUAGCACGCUUUAGAGCAACAUGGAAAGGAGCAAUUCUGAAUCAUCUGUGGGAGUCUAACUUCACUCCUCAGAGGCUUGUAAGGGGUUUAGGCCCUUGGGGUCCAGAUCUUGUAAGGAAGUACACAACUGCUAGAUUUGGUUUAUAUUCAUCUGGGGAUGUAUUGAAUGAAGAGGAGUCUCAAUUGCUGACAGAUUAUGUGUACCAUACUUUAGCUGCCAAAGCAAGUGGAGAACUCUGUUUGAAAUACAUAUUCUCUUUUGGAGCAUUUGCUCGAAUGCCCCUUCUAAAAAGUGCAUCAGAAUGGAAAGUACCAACUACCUUUAUUUAUGGUAUUGACGAUUGGAUGAACUAUCAAGGGGCCCAAGAAGCACGCAAGCAAAUGAAGGUCCCAUGUGAAAUCAUCAGGGUUCCUCAGGGUGGGCAUUUUGUGUUCAUGGAAAACCCCAAUGGAUUCCAUUCAGCCAUGUUCCAUGCGUGCCGGAGAUUUCUAUCACCAAACCCUGAUAAUGAAUCCUUACCCGAAGGCCUGCAGUCAGUGUAGAGAAGUGGAUGUUGUAAUUUCUCUCUCCAAGCUCUGUAUAAUCUAGAAUCACAGGGGUUUUCUGAAUUGAUUAAACAUUCUUUGCAUAUGUUCUUCAUAACACAUACAUGUAUGUUGCCUUGGAAUGUCAUUAAAACAAGGGAAAAAUCAAUAACCUUUUGCUCUCUAUGUUUCUUGUUGACUGUUCAGUACUUUUAACAUUGCCCCUGAAGACAUAGUUUGAGUUUUUAUUUGGCCAGGUAAUAAUGUAAAUACAUCUUUGUUACUUAUUAUUUUUACUGUUAGUAAUUUGAUUAAUUCAUCAUCAUUACUGAAGCGUCAAAAGCAAUAAAGCAUAUAGUUUAACUAAUAUGAGGUGUUCAGCAAACCCCCCAAGUCUUAAGCUCUGUAGAUACAAUUUUAGUUGAUUGACAAAAGAAAUAGGUAGAUUAUAU